AUUUCAAGAAUUUAUCUUGAAUUGUUAUUGUACGAUGUAUUAAUUCAGAAGCAUAUAGGUUAGGUUACUCCAUUUUCCUUAUUUGUGCACCAUUUCAAUCGUUAAGCACUGUAUACACAUGUAGUAUACUACGUUAGUUUAGCAUAAGAAAGCAAAAUGUAGACGAUAAGAUCGCUUUGAAGUAGUAUAUACUAUUGUUUUACACAUUGUUCGAUCAUUUCCACUUAAUUACCACAUUACACUACUACGAGGCAAUUUUAAUAUAUCUACAGACAAUUAUCCUACACACGGUAUAAGAGCGCAUUUUAUUCCCUGCGAAAUAUGAGUAGUGCAGUACAGGAUAAUCCAGUACAGCUUUCCAUAAGGAAGAAGUUGGCAGAUUCUUUGAAUCCAUCUCAUAUGGAAGUGAUUAACGAAUCUUAUAUGCAUAAUGUGCCUAAAGGAGCUGAGACACAUUUCAAAGUAGUUGUUGUCUCCAAGGAGUUUGUUGGCAAACCGCUUCUUAAGCGACAUCAAAUGAUAAAUAACUUGCUACAAGCUGAGUUACAGGGCGGAGUGCACGCGUUAUCAAUAGUAGCAAAAACACCUGACCAGUGGGAAGACGGCAAUAAAGUCUCUCCAAGUCCAGCUUGUAUGGGCGGUUUUGGAAGAUGAGAUUCUUUAGUAACAUCUCUUUAAAUAUAGAUAAUUAAAAAUAACCUAAUAAGCUAAUUCAGACAAAAAAUCUCGAACGAAACUUAUUGAGUGUUGUGAAAAACAUUUAAUCAUAAUUGUAAAUCAAGAGUAAAAAAGAAAAUAAAAGGUUACAUUAAUGUCAUAAAGCAAAA